CGAAAUUGCGCCUCAUCCACGAUCUAGCACCGACACGAGGCAGGCACGCAGAUGCAGACGGGUCUCGUUCCUUGGGUCCUUGUGGGAGUCCUGGCGAUCACAGUGCAGUGGGGCAAUUCCGUAUGGCGGUCGCAACUUCCUCCCGCGCUGACGACGUCGGAAGCUUCUCUCCGUGGUGACUUUGCCGGCGCCGACGCCUACUCGACACUGGCCACCAUCGCGAAUGCGGCACAUCCAGACGUGUCCGUGGCCAACCAACACGUGUACAACUUCAUCUUCGACAAGCUCCAAGACCUACAAACGCUCAACGGAAGCAACAAGCUCGUGGUGCACACUCCCCGCCACGACCUCGGCAACAUCUCCGUGCCUCGUUCCGACCCGCCGCCCCCGCGAAAAGAGCGCUGCGACGCAUACGCCGACUUCUUCAACGCAUCUCAAAUCAUCGUCAAGGUGCCUGGCAUGUUUGCGUCGUCAGUUCUGUUGUCAGCGCAUUACGAUUCCGUGAAUGGUUCGUUUGGUGCGUCGGACGACGGCGCCGGCGUCGCUAUUGCGCUGGACAUCCUGCGCACCGUGGUCACGGCCAAGACGCGACUGCGCAACUCGCUGGUAGUGUUCUUCAACAAUGGCGAAGAGGAUUGCCUGUGCGGGUCCAAGUGGUUCCUCGACCAGAAUUACAACUCGCGCCUCCACGUGCAAGCAUUCGUCAACCUGGAAGGCGGCGGGACGGGCGGCCGCGCGAUUCUGUUUCGAGCCACAGACGAAGUGCUGGCGUCCACGUAUGGCCAAGUCGCGCCGAUGCCGCAUAUGAACAGCAUCGGUGGAUCCAUCCUCACCGCGCUCGGGAGCUACACCGACUACGAAUCGUACCAAGGCGCGGACAUUCCGGGCGUCGACGUUGCAUUCUACGAGCACCGCGAAUUCUACCACACGCCUCAAGACAACCUCGGCCACAUCUCGGCCCAAGACCUCCAGCACGGAGGCAGCAACGUUCUUGCCUUCGUCAUGACGCUGCUCCACGACCCAUUCCUCGGUAGAUUUCGGGCCGACGACCCCGCCGUGUAUUUUGACUUUGUCGGCCGAUGGGGGAUUACGAUGACUACCAACAUGCGAUUUCUUGCGCUGCUUGCGUCGUACAUGGCAGCAGGGGCCACCAUUCUCGUGUACGCUGCGCACUUUGAGCCGACGAAACCUAUUAGCGUCGUCAUGUGGUCCCUGACUUCGACGUGGUCGACAGUCGUGAAUGCAUUUGGUCUGUCGUGGAUCGUUGGUUUGGUGGCAGUGCUUCCUGUAGCCAUGUUUGUCGCGAUCACGAAAAGCGCGGCCAUGUCAUGGGCCGUGAUCCCCGCGGCCGUUGUCGGCCAUGUUGUUGGUGUGACGUUUGCCGCGGAGCAGUGGCGUUUCCGCCACCACCUCGGCGAAGAUCUGCCCCCGUUCACCCGAGACGUUGCCCACCUCGCGACUGCGUCGGCGUCCUUUGCCAACGUCGUCAGCUCCGUCGUCGUUCUCAAGUUGCCAGGACUAUACUUGCUUCCCAUCGCCAGUGUGACAUUUUCAGCGCUGACGACCGCAGUGCUGGUCGUAAUGUCCGCGAUGUCACCAACGCGGGACUCGUUCGGCGGGGAGUCCAUGCCACUGCUCCGACUACAGCAAGCCGCGAACUACGCUGCGAUUCCUCUCCACUCGGAUGCCGCCGCGAAAGGAGCGACCCGUAGCUGGGUCUUCCUUGCCGCCAUGGCCGGGCCGCUGGCUGUAUAUAUGGCCGUGUCAUUUCACUUUGCGAUCGACGUUGCUGUGUCCCUCGAGUCGGUGGGCAGUACGGACGCCGGCGUCAUUGUCGCGUUGCCGACGUUGCUGACGCCGUCGCUGCACCUCCUCGUUGUGUGGUUUGCGCAUUUCUCGAUUCGUCCCGUAGUGUUUAUCGCAGCGUUUGCGCUGUACACCAGUCUCUUGGUUGCCGCGUUGAUCGGCACCGCCUUUUAACUCAACCAACAAAAUUCCCCCGACGAAGGCAUGUGCCAUGUGC